GCAAAUCGCAGCACCUAGAAAACAACAUCGGGUUCGGCGUGAUCCAGUCGCCGGUCGGCAUGCCGCUCAAGCUCGCGCUCAUCGUCGCUGCUCCGGUGGGAAUAACCUGUGCCAUACUGUACCUCGCAGGUGUCCCCUGGAGAAUCAACAUCCGCAUCGCCACAUUCCUGCUCGUCUUCGUCUUCGUCGCCGGGCUGUGCGAGCGCGCGCGCGCUCGCGCAAGGUUGCGACGCCUGCGGCAUGAGCAAGAUCCGGAGAGUGACCAGUCCAUGGCGGCGCUUCCACGGGAACCGGCCGUCGGGCUAGGACGGGUAGCGAUCGCCGGUCUGCCGGUGUACAAGUACGAGAAGCUGAAGCGCGGCGGCGGAGAGGGCGACCAGUGCGCCGUGUGCCUCGCCGAGAUUAGGCCAAAGGAGGUGGUGAAGCAGCUGCCGGCGUGCACGCACCUGUUCCACGAAGGGUGCAUCGACGUGUGGCUGUGGUCGCAUCGGACGUGUCCGGUGUGCCGGUGUCCGGUUGAGGUCUCUGCCGUGCCGGCUGUGGAAGUUGCCGCGCGUGCUUUGUAAUCUUAUCUUCCUGGCAUUGGCUUCAGUACAUUUUUGUUCUGUUUCCUCUCAAUUUUGUUGCAUCAUUAGAAGUAACUUCCUUGACGUUACUGUCCUGUCGGAAAACCAGUUCCGUGCGAACUCGGCGUCCAGGGUAGAGUCGGACACGUUCCCCCGUUCUUGCCUCACCUU